AUGGCGGACACGGAACCAGAUGGAGUGCGUUCAGCAGAGACGUCUGAUGGUGUACAAGCUGCACUUGACGAAGCUUCGCAGCAAGACGUCCAGGGCACCGACGAGUCUAGCCGUCUGAGAGCCCUCGAUGCUGACAUUAGAGACCAAGAUGACCUGGAGAGAGACAUCACACGCCAGGCCGAUAAGAUAUUAAAGGAACAGGCUAAUGAGCGAGAUAUACGGCGUCUCGAACGGACCAGGCAUGAGAAAGUAAAGAUUGAGUCGCAGGUUCUCAGGCUCCAUCAGCGGCUCUCUGAACCUAUAGGUACCUCUGCGCGGGUAAAGUAUGAAGCGGAUAUCAAGAAUGCCGAAAGCCGCUUGACGCAGUUAGAGACCGACCUAAAGGAAAUACAGCAGCGUAUUGAAGAGCGAGACCGGGAAGAGGAUGAUACUGGUGUCGGCCAUGAAGAAGGUUCGGCGGCCAGGAGGCUGCCUAGCGAGUCACGAAGGGACUAUCUUAUACGCACUGGUAAGAUUACGCCCUUUUCGCGCAUGGGAGGUGUAAGGGGAGACGACAUGGCCACGACAUUACAGGGUGCCUUGUUCGAGGCGGAGGAUGAACGGGAUGAAGAGAUUGCGCUUGAAGAAGCGGGUGGACAGCCUGUCGCUUCCCAUAGACAUUUGAUGAAGCCCGGAUUCGAUGAUGGGCAUUUUGAAGAAGCUACCAGACCGUCGAAGAGACGGAAGGUGACUGGUGGUUCGAGUCUGGCGCUUAGCUCGCCCGCUAGAUCGGACGAAGAAUAUGUCGACCCUGAUGCUGAAGCAGAUGAGACAGAGGAAGAGUCCGUAGAUGAGGAAGAGCAGAACUCAGAUGAGUCGACCGUACGAGCUCGAAAGAAGAAAGGCAAAGGAAGAGGAAAGGGGAAGUCCACGGGCGUUAUCGAAGACUUCAAGGGGGUAGAUGACGGAGACGAGAGAGUCUACCAGUCACGGCUGCGAGACUGGGUACAUAGACGGUCUGAAGCUCGCGACCGUGCAAAACUAGAAGCCCUACACCUUUCUGGAGAGGACAGGAACCCCCAGCCGGGCGAUGAUGCCCAGUCCUCUGGAGGACAACAAGAAGAAUGGCAUCUUCCGCACCCAACCACACCUGACACAGUACUUGAUGGCGGCUAUCAGCUUCCUGGGGACAUAUACCCGUACCUCUUUGACUAUCAAAAGACUGGCGUUAAAUGGCUAUGGGAGCUCUAUCAGCAGCAGGUCGGCGGUAUAAUAGGUGACGAGAUGGGUCUCGGUAAAACCAUACAGGUCAUUGCCUUCCUGGCUGGCCUACAUUACAGCAAGAAGCUAAAGGGUCCUAUCAUCGUUGUCUGCCCACCCACUGUCAUGAAGCAAUGGGUUAAUGAGUUUCAUGACUGGUGGCCACCUUUCCGCGUCUCCAUACUACACACCUCCGGAAUCGGGAUGGUCAAUCUGAAAAGCGAAAGCCAGGCCGAAGACCGCUACACCUCAGGUGCAUGGGGGGACCGGAAUUCGACUUCACAAAGGGGCGGCAAAGCUGCUCGCCGCAUCUUGAAACGAGUGUUGGAAGACGGUCAUGUACUGGUAACUACCUAUGCGGGGCUACAGACAUAUUCCUCUCUCCUAAUACCUGUAGACUGGGGUAUCGCCGUGCUGGACGAAGGCCACAAGAUACGUAACCCCGACACCUCGAUCACCAUCCACUGCAAGGAACUACGUACCUCCCACCGCCUAAUUCUCUCUGGUACGCCAAUGCAAAAUAACCUAACCGAACUAUGGUCGUUAUUCGACUUUGUCUUCCCCAUGCGUUUGGGCACGCUAGUCAAUUUCCGGAACCAAUUCGAGUUCCCCAUUCGAACCGGAGGGUAUGCCAAUGCCUCUAACCUACAAGUUCAGACGGCAGCAAAGUGUGCAGAGACGCUCAAGGAUGCCAUAAGUCCAUACCUACUCCAGCGGUUCAAGAUGGAUGUUGCAGCCGACCUGCCUAAGAAAAGUGAGCAGGUUCUCUUCUGUAAACUCACGAAGGUACAAAGAGCGGCUUACGAGGCAUUCCUAGCCUCGGGGGAGAUGUCCUCCAUUCUGCGUGGACGGAGAGAAGCACUUUACGGCAUCGACAUGUUAAGGAAAAUAUGCAACCACCCUGACCUCACGCAGCAUAAGACCUUAUCGCUGAAAACGGAUUAUAACUACGGCAGCGGCGCAAAGUCAGGAAAGAUGCAAGUUGUCAAAUCACUAUUGGAGCUGUGGAGGGAUACAGGACAUAAGACGCUACUGUUUGCUCAACAUCGAAUCAUGCUCGAUAUCCUUGAACGCUUCAUCAGGGGGUUUGACAGGUUUAAUUAUAGGCGUAUGGAUGGGAAUACACCUAUAAAGGUCCGUCAGACUAUGGUGGAUGAAUUCAACAACGACCCAAGUCUACAUGUUUUCCUCCUCACUACAAAAGUAGGUGGAUUGGGCGUGAACCUCACGGGUGCAGAUAGGGUCAUUAUCUACGAUCCGGACUGGAAUCCUUCUACAGACGUGCAGGCUCGUGAGAGGGCCUGGAGGCUGGGGCAAAAACGUGAGGUGACUAUCUAUCGGCUUAUGACCGCCGGUACGAUUGAGGAGAAAAUAUACCAUCGACAGAUAUUCAAGCAGUUCCUGACAAACAAGAUUCUUCGGGACCCCAAGCAGCGCCAGACUUUCCAGAUGAGCGAUAUGCAGGAUCUCUUCACGCUUGGAAACGAUGGGCCCACAGAGACGAGCCAGAUGUUCAAGGACGCAGACGUCGUGUAUGAAGAUGAUGCUGCAAAAAGUAAAGAUGCUAGGCCUACCAGCCACCAGCAGCAACAACGACGACGACGACAGGCUGAGAAUAAACCUGUCAAGGAAGAAGACCGGAGGAUCAGCCAGGUCACUGGCGUCGCGGGCUUGGAAGAAUAUCAAGGCGAAGCAAGCUCGCCAGGAACCCCUCAACAGGAGAAAGAAGGCGAGGAGCCUAAGUCCAAGGCUGAAAAGCCAAACACAGACGCUCGCUUGAUCGAGAGUAUAUUCUCUCGUUCCGGCGUUCUCUCUGCCCUCGAACAUGACCAGAUCAUCCACGGCAAGCGAACGGUCAAAGCAGACCCGAAAAUCAUCGAGACAGAAGCUAAGCGUGUCGCAGCAGAGGCAGCCAAAGAGCUUCUCAAGGCAGAAGAAGUUGCUCGCACUGUGCCUGUCGGCACACCCACUUGGACCGGUCAGUUUGGCACUGCAGGGCGUCCGGGCCAGGAUGUGGCGCCGUCCGGCACCUCUUCUAUCUACUCUGGCGGCGGGAGUACGGUCCGUCGAGCCAUGGGCGGACCAUCAUCUGCUAAUCUGCUCGCGAAUCUUGCCAACCGCAGUGCUAGAGGGGGCAGAGUAGGCACUCCGUCUGCUUCUACGUCUGCUUCUACGUCUGCUUCUGCAUCCGCGUCUGCGUCUGCGUCUAGGUCCGGUACACCGAGGACUGGAACGCCAACGGGCAAGGACUUUAUGGUUAUGAUACGCGACUAUAUCAUCACGCACGGCGGGUCGGUCUAUACACAGAUGCUGGUAGACCAUUUCAAUCGAUUCUGCGACUCUCCUCGGGCAACGGCGGAAUUCAAAGAGAUUCUCCGGACGAUUGCUUUCCUCGAUAAGUCGGGAACGGGCACACGGGCGAGAGGCAAAUGGGUCCUGAAGCCCGAGUAUGCUAAGAAGUGA